UGUUAACUAUUGGUAUGACAUAUAAAAUGCAGGCAAAACAUGUUCACUUGGAUGUUCAGCGGGUUGCUACCAGGUGUCUUGGUCUUUUUGGGUUGUUAGAGAGAAAGCCAAGUGAGGAACUAAUAAAACAGUUGAGGCUUUCUUUUGUUAAGGGACCCUCUCCAAUCAGUAUAAUGGCUUGUAAGGCAUUGUUGGAUCUUGCAAUGUGGCAUGGUCCUCAGGAAGUAGAUAAAGCCAUGGGGCAGGAUCUCUCAUCGCGACUCAAGGAUCAUGAUAUUGUUUCUUGUACUGUUCAAAUGUCUGAUACAAAUGGGGAUUUGAAUUUUGGAUUGCUUGACCUAUUAUUUGCUGGAUUAGAGAGAGAUGAUUGGGUCAAAUCAGCAGAUGCAGAUGAGCAUGAGUCAGUUCAAGCUGUUAUUGGGGAGGGGUUUGCAAAGAUUCUUCUCCUAAGUGAGAACUAUCCAAGCAUUCCUUCUUCUUUACAUCCUUUACUAUUAGCCAAGCUCAUUGGUCUUUAUUUUAGUGAUGAAACUAAAGAACUGCAGAGGUUGAGACAGUGCCUGUCUGUGUUCUUUGAGCAUUAUCCAUCACUUUCAAAUACUCACAAGAGAUGUGUAUCUAAGGCUUUCAUUUCAGUCAUGCGUUCAAUAUGGCCCGGCAUCACCGGGAAUGCUGGAGGGUCUCCAUUAAUGGUUUCCAACAUGCGCAAACAUGCUGUCCAAGCAUCACGUUUUAUGCUGCAGAUGAUGCAGGCUCCUUUAUAUACAAUAGAGACCAAAACAGUGGAUGAAAAUGGUAUUGAAGGCUUGCCAGAAAACCUUGAUGGUUCAGUUCAACCUUCCAAUGACUUCGAGAAUGGUGAGGAAGGUCUUGCUGUACGCAUAGCUACGGAGGUUGCAAACUUCCAUGUAAAGAAGAAAGCGGCUGAGAAAUCAUAUAUCAUAGCGCUAUGUAGAAUACUUGUCUUACUUCAUUUCCGGUUACCAGAACAAGGGGCAAUAAAGUUAAUGAGGAGGCUUUUGAAUCGUGUGGCUGAAUCUGUAUCAACAGAGAAAGAGCUUGUAAAGGAGUUGAAGCGGAUGGCUGAUCGUCUUAAGGCAGCAGAUAAACAUCCAGAUCAGGAUUUAUCACUGGAUGAAGCAAAUACUAUCUUAGGGAGGUUGGAGCUAGACCUUAACCUUGACCUGGAUAACUCCACGGAAGUGGCACCAACACCAGCACCACGUUCAACCAGACCACCCCGUUCUAGGAGAAGAGUGAGGCAUGAAGAAUCUUCCUCUGAUGAUGAGAAUUCACAUGCUUCUGUUGCUCCUACCAAUCCUGGCAUAAUGAGCACCCGCUCACAGAGAGCAAGCAAGACUGCUGCUCUUACCAAGAUGACUGCCAAUAGAGCCAUGAAGAUCAAUGAUCUCGAUGAAGAAGCUUCAGAGGUGACAUCUGAAGAGGAUUCUGGUGAAUCUGAUCAGUCCAGUGAGUGACUAUUGACAUGUUAUAUGUAUACUCUGUCAACACUCUUCUUUUCCUCGAAUAUUGCUUGUUGUAUGGUUGGUUGUUCUUGUUGAGGUGGUUUAGGCUGCAAAUUUGUAUACAUGUCUUCGAAUGUCCAAGUUAUGUUCUUAUUAGUAGGUUGUAUUUGAUUCUUAGAUUUGUGGAGGUUAAGGAAAAGAAAAAUAAAUCAAGUUGAAAUUAUCUUA